AUGACGAGGAAAAGAAAGGCUGGCAGAGUGAAUUCUCUGCCUGUCACUUCCCACAAUGAGCACAUUUACGACCCUAACGAUAAUUUUGACGAUUCCCAAGAUGAAUUUUUUGCGGGGCGAGACAAGAUCCUAGUGGACGAACAACCGGCUGCGAAAAGAAGGCGGAAAUUAGAAGAGCAGGAACAAAGUUUACAACCCUCAGAUGAAGAAGUCUUUCAAGAUCUCGAAGACGAGGACGAAUCAGAAGAUGAAGCUGUUGUAGACAAUCAAGGUGAUGAAGACGAAGACGACCAAAACUGGGGGACUUCAAGAGCAGAUUAUUACAAUGCAGACGUCAUCGAGACAGAGGCGGAUGCGCUCGAGGAAGAGGCAGAGGCCAGACGAUUACAACAGAAACAAUUGAGGGCAAUGACAGAGGCUGACUUUGGUUUCGACGAGAGCGCAUGGAUCGAAGAAAGCCGACAGACACAACAGAAACGCCCGGCUGUUGAGAAACUUCCUGAAUUGCAAAUACCGGAAUCAGCCACAGCGGAGGAGCGAUUGCAGAUGCUCAAGACCCGAUAUCCCGAAUUCGAGCCAUUGACAAAAGACUUCCUUCGGUUACAGAACACUUAUCCGGAAUUGAAAAAGAUGGCUGAAACUGCCGUAUCAGGCCAGGAAAGCGGGCAGAAAUUGGAAUUGGUUCCUUUAACCAAGUUUCGUGCGUUGUCUGCAUAUCUGGGCUCCAUUGCAAUGUAUCUGGCACUUCUCACAUCUUCCAAGUCAGGCAUGGCUCUAGCACCUGGAGAGUUGCGUGAACAUCCUGUCAUGGACAAUCUUGUUCGAUGUCGACAAUUGUGGCAGGACGCUGAAACACUUCGACCAGUCGAAGGUCAAGUCAUCCCAAAGGACAAACCGGUUUCCCAGGAGCAAUACCGAGACGAAGUGGCGCGGAAGACUACCCAGCCUCCUCCCGGAAAGAAGACCAAGGCAAAGGCCACGUCAAAGCGAAAAUCACCAUCACCAUUACCGCCACCCGUGGAAGUCGUCUCCGCAGAAAACAAACCCAGGAAAUCCAGAAAAUUCAAGGCCAAACGAAAUGAGCUACAGGAGCUUCUCACCACAUCCAUGCAAAACACUGUGGGAGAAGAGUCGGAUUUCGGAGACGAAGCCCCUCUCACACAGGAAGAAGCCGCAGAAAAGGCACGAAGAAAGAAGAGCUUACACUUCUACACUUCACAAAUCACCCAGAAAUCCAACAAACGAGGAGCCGCAUCCCGCCAAGCAGGUGGCGACGACGACAUCCCAUACAAAGAACGUCUCCGCGACAAACAAGACCGCUUAAUCCGCGAGGCCGAGCAGCGAGGCAAAUCCGACGCUCGUGGCGCAGAAGUCUUAGAUGAUGCAAACGACGACAACAAUGACGAAGACGAUGAUGACAUGGUUGCCAGCCACCAACUCAACUCGGAGGCGAACGAAUAUUACAAUGCUCUCGUCGCGCAGAAUAAGCAGAAGAAAGCAGACAAACAGGCUCGAGCAGAGGCAUAUGUCCAGGCCGCGAAGGAGGGUGCGCGUAUGUAUGCCGAAGAGCAGAUUGGCGAAGAUGGCAAGAGGAAAAUCAGCUAUGCAAUCGAGAAGAAUAAAGGACUUGCUCCCAAACGAAAGAGGGAUGUGAGGAACCCAAGGGUGAAGAAGAGGAAGAAAUUCGAUGAGAAAAUGAAGAAGUUAGGAUCGAUCAGGCAGGUGUAUAAAGGGGGAGAAGGCCGAGGUGGUUAUGGAGGGGAGAAGACGGGGAUUAAGGUCAAUUUGGUUAAGAGUAUUAAAUUGUGA